CUCCCUGCUAUAAGUGGCAAAGCAGCCGCUGUCCCGCCAGCUGGACACCCCAGCCCAGCCGCAUUGCCUCCACAAGGCUGGAGGCACGGCCCUGGACCAAAGCGCUCCUGCAUCCAUCCUGCUGCCGAGGUGCUGUGCACAGCCGCACGCCGAGCUUGGUCCAUCCCUUCCCUCCUCCAGGCAGCAGCCGCCUCGCAGCAGCUCCCAGGCUCGCCGGCAGCCAGGCCUGGCAGUUACACUGUGGGCACCAUGUCGGAGCGCUUUGACUGCCACUACUGCCGUGACCCUCUGCAUGGGAAGAAGUACGUGCAGAAAGAGGGCCGCCACUGCUGCGUCAAGUGCUUUGAGAAGAUCUGUGCCAACACCUGCAUUGAGUGCAAGAAACCCAUCGGAGCUGACUCCAAGGAGCUGCAUUUCAAGAACCGUUACUGGCAUGACACCUGCUUCCGCUGCUUCAAGUGCUAUACAUCCUUGGUCAACGAGCCCUUCAUGCUAAGGGAGAACAACAAGGUUUGGUGCAGCAACUGCACGGCCACCGAGGAUGCACCCAGGUGUAAGGGCUGCUUCAAGCCUAUUAUUGCAGGAGACCAAAAUGUCGAGUACAAGAAGAUGGUCUGGCAUAAGGACUGUUUCACCUGCAGCCAGUGCAAGCAAGUGAUUGGAUCCGGGAGCUUCUUCCCCAAGGGCGAUGACUUCUACUGUGUCUCCUGCCAUGAGCACAAGUUUGCCAAGACCUGUGCUAAAUGCAAGAACCCCAUCACUUCUGGAGGCCUCACUUACCAGGAACAGCCUUGGCAUUCGGAGUGUUUCAUUUGCUCCAACUGCAAGAAGCAACUGGGCGGGAAGCGCUUCACAGCUGUAGAGGAUCAGUUUUACUGUGUCGAAUGCUACAAGGAGUGUGUUGCCAAGAAGUGUGCUGGCUGCAAGAAUCCUAUUACAGCAGGAUUUGGAAGAGGAACCAGUGUGGUUAACUACGAAGAUGAAUCCUGGCACGAUUAUUGUUUCAAAUGCACAAAGUGUGCCCGUGGUCUGGCCAACAAGCGCUUUGUUUGCCAUAAUGGAAAAAUUUACUGUGCUGAGUGUCCCAAACGACUGUAACGAGCAGACAGCAACUGCUGUAAAAUGGAUGUUAGAGCCCUGCUUUCCAAAGCAGUCCUGGUAAAGGAGCAGGUUUUUGCAUGUUAAUGAUUUUAACUUCUUCCAUUUUAGUACAAAAACUAAAGUAGCUUCAAUACACUUGGUUUGACUUCUGAAGCUCCUGCAGUACAAAAGCAUGUAGCGCUGCAAAAAUCUAACUUUGUUUCCAAAUAACUCUUCGUGUAAAAGCCUGAAAUGCCGUUAGAUUUAGCAUUAGAGAUCUCCAUAACCUGCGUGUGGCUUAAACUAAACCAAAGCUAGUUUAAAACUUGUCUGGUAUCCGUUUAAGCUUGGCACUUAAAUGAAGUGGGUUUGACAAGGCAUGCACCUCAGCGAUGUAAAGAUUGCACCCAGGAUCAAACAGAUCCAUUAUUGUGCUUUUACAAGCACAGGUACAUUACAUACAUCACACCAUUAACAGCAGCUCAGUAACACGUACUUUAGCUUACCCUACCAUACCAAAUUGCACCAUGUGUAUGGAACGGCUUCAUUUUACAUAUAACAGUGUUUUGGUAGGAUGACUCAGCUUUAGUUAAGUUUCCAUAAAAUUGUUUUAGUCUUGAUUUCCGCAUGGUUUGCGCAUCAGCUUCUUUUGUAUCAUUGUUUAAAUGAGGCUGCCUACAUACAAUUAUUAAUCCAUUAAUAAGUAGUAAAUCUUUCAACUACAACAAAAUGCAUAUGCAUUUAGAAGUGCCUUAAAAAUAGCUCUCCUAUCAUGUCAAUGUAUGACUUACCAUUUAAUAAAAGUGAGAGUAGUGCCUACUUGGA